CGAGGGCCGUCGUGGCUGCCGUCACGGAUCCCGAUGGAGCCGCCGAAUCUCUAUCCGGUGAAGCUCUACGUGUACGACCUGUCCAAGGGCCUGGCCCGGCGACUCAGCCCCAUCAUGCUGGGGAAACAACUGGAAGGCAUCUGGCAUACCUCCAUAGUUGUGCACAAGCACGAGUUCUUUGGCAGUGGUGGGGUCUCCAGCUGCCCGCCGGGAGGGACGUUGCUUGGGCCCGCAGACUCUGUGGUUGAUGUGGGCAGCACAGAAGUCACAGAAGAAAUCUUUCUGGAGUACCUGUCCUCCCUGGGGGAGUCUCUGUUCCGAGGUGAGGCCUGCAACCUCUCUGAACACAACUGUAACACCUUCAGCAACGAAGUGGCACAGUUCCUGACGGGGCGAAAAAUCCCAUCUUACAUCACUGACCUGCCCUCUGAAGUUCUCUCCACGCCCUUCGGACAAGCACUUCGGCCCCUCCUGGACUCCAUCCAGAUCCAGCCUCCUGGGGGGAGCACCGUGGGCAGACCCUACAGCCAGAGCUAA